CAGAAGAUACACAGAAGAACCACCAGCACCAUGUUCACCAACUUCUCUAUGUUUCUCAUCAUGAUCACCCUGUCUUCGGUCGCGGCGCAGACCUUCCAAUACUCCCGGGGCUGGAAGAACGGCAAGCGGGACGGACCUGACACCCGUCUCGACAUCGACAGGCUGGAGAAGGUCGUCAACGACCGUCAGAUGCAGAAGCUCCAAUAUCUGCUCGAUGGAAAGGUUGACAGACUGCUGGCUCCCUGCGAGUAUUUAGAAGAGGAGGAGCCGAGACGACUGAAACUCAACAUCGCUCGAGAUCCCUACAACUACCAGUGAAUUCUGUUCACGGAUGAUUUAUUUCAUUCUUAGAUAUACAGCGCUAU